AUUGUGCUCGUAUUGCUUUGAGCAACCUCACCUCUCUCUACGAGUACUCGAGUACACACGAGGUGUUAUUUAUCGAAUUUGAAGCGUUUUAGAACCACAAACACGAAUAGUAGCUUCUGGCCAUGUCAAGAUUCUCGCGCCUUAUCCGCUUUAUUGCUGCCGAUGGGGGAACGUAUUAUGGGGAGGCGAUUCUUCCUACCGGGAUUAGUGACGUCUCGAGGGUCGCUAAGGCCCGUGUUAUUGAGGGCGAUAUCUUAUCCCUGGGAUACAAAGUGACUGACCAGGUCCUGAAUGUUAACAAACUUUUGACCCCGCUCGCCUUUAAGGAUACAAAGACGAUCAGGUGCUUGGGACUUAAUUACGCCCAGCACGCAAAGGAGUCAAAUAUGGAUAUUCCAAGGUUUCCUGUGCUAUUUUAUAAGCCGAUUACCUCACUUUCUGGACCUUCAGACCCAAUCCCGAUUCCGAAAGCAGCUCAGGACGAACCCGGACUCGAUUACGAAUGCGAACUCGUGGUCAUAAUUGGCAAAGAGGCUAGAGAUGUUUCCGAGAGUAGUGCUCUGGACUACGUCCUCGGAUACUGUGCUGGAAAUGACAUCAGCCACAGAGACUGGCAACUCAAGAAGGGUGGCGGCCAAUGGUCUUUAGGCAAGGGAUUUGAUGGAUGGGCCCCGAUUGGGCCGGCCAUCAUUUCCCCUUCUCUUAUACCAGACCCUCAGAAACUACGCAUCUCCACCAAGGUAAAUGAGCGAACUGUUCAGGACUCCUCAACUGCGGAUAUGAUAUUCUCCGUCGCCAAGACACUAUCAUUCCUCUCGCAAGGAACAACACUUCUGCCAGGGGAUCUGCUCCUCUCUAUUGGUCCGCAGGGUGUUGGGAUGGGAAGAAAGCCACAAUGCUGGCUUAAAGAUGGAGAUAUCGUUGAGGUAGGAAUUGAGGGCAUUGGAAGUAUUACUAACAAUGUGACGUUUGAACGCAUGAAGGCGCAGCUUUAA